ACUUCGGCUCCCUCUUCCUUGUCGCUUGCGCUUUGAAAUUGUUGGCCACCCUAAAGGGGAGGAAGUCAAUCGGCUUUUUGUUUAAGCGACGUCGGAUAGAUACCGGCCUUUCUCUGUAAGUUUUCUGUUCUUUGUGGUUCUGGUGGUAGGUGUAGGAAGAAGCGCUUAGGCACUCCCUCGGAAAGAAGUUUACAUAAUUUUUUUUUGCUGUUGUUAUUUGCUCCGUCUUUUUCAUUGUCUUCAUUUCGGUCGUUUUGUUUGCAUGUUUUGUUCCGUUUUGUUGUUGGUUGUAGGAAAGUGCGCUUUGCUACGUGCGAACUGUCUGGCUGCCGGACGAGGGGACAUGAGAGUCUAACGGGACAAUGCGGCCCCGUGGGGGAAGCAACGGGGAUGCCAGUGGUGCCCGUUCGAAACCGAGCCGAAAAUAAUAAUAAUAAUUAUUAUUAUAAGUAGUAACAAUAAAAGCUCCGCAGAACUGAAGUGGGUGCGCAGUGGGUUCUGGAACCGGCACCGUGUUGGAUUAGCUGGUGGGAGUGGUGGGGGAGUGCGGCGCAUUUUCUAGGAUGGCAUCGGCCAAAGGCGCACUGGGGGCGGACAGUGAGGACGGUUCAUUUCGGGACACCGGCGGCGCCACAGGCGGCUCCCAGAUGCAUGGGGACGCGCCGCAGCCCCCCGGCAGCAACAGGACGUAUUCUUUGGACGACCUGGACACCGUCGCUACGGUUGGAACUGGAACGUUUGGCCGAGUGUUUCUGGUGAAGGACAGAAAAGCCAGCGGCUACUUUGCACUGAAGGCCAUGAAGAUCCCAGAAGUGAUUCGCCUGAAACAGGAGCAGCACGUCCACAAUGAGAAGGCAGUUCUUACAGAGGUGAACCACCCCUUCCUAAUCAGGCUGUUUUGGACGCACCACGACGAGCGCUUCCUCUACAUGCUGAUGGAAUACAUAGCCGGCGGCGAGCUCUUCAGCUAUCUGCGAAACCGGGGCAGGUUCAAUAACAGCACGGGCCUCUUCUACACCGCGGAGAUCGUGUGCGCCAUCGAGUACCUGCACUCCAAGGAGAUCGUUUAUAGAGACUUGAAACCCGAGAAUAUACUGCUGGACAGUGAAGGGCACAUCAAGCUCACGGACUUUGGCUUUGCUAAAAAACUGAGCGACAGGACCUGGACACUCUGUGGUACCCCAGAGUACCUGGCGCCCGAGGUGAUUCAGAGCAAAGGUCACGGCCGAGCGGUGGACUGGUGGGCUCUGGGGGUCCUCGUCUUUGAGAUGCUCUCUGGGUAUCCACCAUUCUUUGAUGACAAUCCAUUUGGCAUUUAUCAGAAAAUCCUUGCUGGUAAGCUGGAAUUCCCCCGGCACUUGGAUUUCUAUGUCAAAGAUCUAAUCAAGAAGUUUCUGGUUGUUGAUAGAGCGAGAAGGCUUGGGAAUAUGAAGAACGGAGCGGAUGAUGUGAAAAAACACAGAUGGUUCAAAUCUAUAGACUGGGAGGGCGUGCCACUGCGGAAGCUGAAGCCUCCAAUAGUCCCAAAAGUAACCCAUGACGGAGACACGUCAAACUUUGAUGCAUAUCCUGAAGAUGAGUGGAAAAAGGAGGCUCCGGUACAUCCCAAGGACCUCGAAAUCUUCAAGAACUUCUGAAAGGUCUUCGGCAUUGAAGCAGCAGGUGCUGCCUCCGUAACUCAAGUGAAGAACUGCUGCCGAGUUUUUCAACCGUCCUCUUCCAAUGAAGCAUUAUUCAGUGGCUCUAAAACCACAAUGAAUGUGUUUUUUUUUUUUUUAAUACCAGUCUUGUUUUGAAUUUUUGAAAUACGUUAAGGUAUUUCACUACAGGGGAAAUGUGCAGUUUCUUUGAGGUUUACAGCUAAUAACUGUAAAAGUGAAUGGAAAAGGAUUUGAUGUCUAGAAACCUGGGUGGGAUGUUUUGCAAAUUAGCUAUUGAAUUUUAUUUCAGCAGAAAUGUUACAUGAUGCAAAGCAUGGGAAUCGGGCAUUGAAUCUCUGUUAUCACAACGGUACAGGUAACAUGUUUAAAAAUAUACUUCUGAAGCUAUCACAUCAUGCACAUGAACAAGUCUACAGGCAUAUACCUCAAAAUGGUACUGUAGAUUUUUUUUUAUACAGCACAUAGUUAUAUUGAUAUUGUUUUGCUGCUGAACAUCAAAUUGGAUAUAUUGAAAGAGAAAGUAAUAUAAAAAAAUCUGUGGGGGUGUUGCAUGGUAAAUCCAGUUCUUCCAGUUUUGAACUGUAUAUUAUUUUUUUUUAUUGCGUAAUCAUUCUGCUGAGCAGUGUGUUUAACACAGAAAUUGUACAACAAAAUCAGGUCCAAUUAAAACAACAAAAGCCAAGUGGCUGACGUUACUGAUUAAUGAACUGGACUGGGUCAAGCCCUUUUCUUCUAAAACCGGCCCCUCUCACUGAAGAUGUUUGUAAAACCUGUUUUAUCAGAGUAAAUAUAGGAACAAAACAACAUCCCAGUGCAUAAUUUUAAAGCAUUUCCAUCACCAAAUGCACUGAUGAAACUGAGAAUUAAUUUGGUGCUAAAAUCUUCUAUUAUUUAAUAUGUACUUGUCAAGUGAUUUUGGUUUAUUUAUGCCUUUGGUGUUCCAAAACAUUGAAUGAAUUUUUACAUCUGUUACCAAUGCCUUUUUUUACUGCCUUAUUUUAACGCUCUGCCUUUUUUAACCAGGACAUGGUCUCGUUCUUCAGUAAUACGUCCAUUGUUAAUUAUUGUUGUAGCAUUUUUAUGUUUGGAAAAAUGAUGACAAUGAUGGCAGUUCGCACAUCUUUAAAUAUGGUUUUAAUAUUCAUAAUGUUCUGCCUUUUGGAGGUGUAUGUGUAUUAGCACUGUGUUUCCUACAGCCAAAACCAGUUUCUGAAUUACAGAUUGAAAUACAGAUGAUUAAAUCAU